AUGGACAAACAAGUAGUUGGUAUCUUAGGAGGUGGCCAAUUAGGUCGUAUGUUGGUGGAAUCUGCCAAUAGACUCAAUAUCACCACGAAAAUUUUAGAUGAAGGAUUAUCAUCAGCAAAACAAAUCAAUGCUUCUACUGAACAUGUUGAUGGAUCAUUUAAAGAUUUAGCUAGUAUUAGAAAAUUAGCUAAAGAUUGUGAUGUUUUAACUGUUGAAAUUGAACAUGUUGAUGUUAGUGCUUUAGAAACUGUUCAAAAGGAAACUGGAAUCAAAAUUUACCCUGUUCCUGAAACUAUUAGAUUGAUUCAAGAUAAAUUUUUACAAAAGAAACAUUUAAUGCAACAUGGAAUUGAUGUUGUUGAAUCAAUAGACUUGAAAGCCAACACUAAGGAAGAAGUUUUAGCUAUUGGACAAAAGUUUGGGUUCCCAAUGAUGCUUAAAUCUAGAACUUUGGCUUAUGAUGGUAGAGGUAAUUAUGUCAUUAAAACUGAAGAUAAUAUUGAAGAAGCUUUGGAAUUCUUGAAGGAUAGACCUCUAUAUGUUGAAAAAUGGUGUCCUUUCACUAAUGAAUUGGCAGUUAUGGUUGUUAGAUCAAUUGAAGGUGAAGUUUUCUCAUAUCCAAUUGUCGAAACUGUUCACAAAGAUAAUAUUUGUCAUACUGUUUAUGUACCAGCCCCAGUUUCUCAAACCGUCAUUGGUAAGGCUGAAUUAUUAGCCCGUAAUGCUAUCAAAUCAUUCCCUGGAUGUGGUAUUUUUGGGGUUGAAAUGUUCUUAUUACCUUCCGGUGAUAUCUUAAUCAAUGAAAUCGCCCCUAGACCUCAUAAUUCUGGUCAUUACACUAUUGAUGCUUGUGUUACUUCUCAAUUUGAAGCUCACAUCAGAGCCAUUACCAAUUUACCUUUACCUAAAGAUUUCACCAAAUUAACUAAUCCUUCUAUUAAUGCCAUCAUGUUAAAUGUUCUUGGUGAUGAUGAAAAGGAUAAAGAAUUAGAAAUGUGUAAAAGAGCCAUUGAAACUCCAAAUGCUACUGUUUACUUGUAUGGAAAAUCAUCAAGACCUAAGAGAAAAAUGGGUCACAUAAAUAUCAUUGAUAGUUCAUUAUCCAAUUGUAAAGAGAAGUUAAAUUAUAUCUAUAAGAAUGAAAAAUUACAACUUUCAUCAAUUGUUGAGCCAAUGGAUAAACCUUUGGUAUCUAUCAUAAUGGGCUCAGACUCAGACUUACCUGUGAUGUCAGUAGGUGCUAAUAUCUUGAAGAAAUUUGGUGUUCCAUUUGAAUUAACCAUCGUUAGUGCUCAUAGAACUCCUAUUCGUAUGCAAAAGUUUGCCUUUGAAGCUCAAGCUAGAGGAAUCAAAUGUAUAAUCGCAGGUGCUGGAGGUGCUGCUCAUUUACCAGGUAUGGUAGCUGCUAUGACAUCAUUACCAGUUAUUGGAGUUCCUGUUAAAGGUUCAACUUUAGAUGGAGUUGAUUCUUUACACUCAAUUGUUCAAAUGCCAAGAGGUAUACCUGUUGCUACCGUUGCUAUCAAUAACUCCACCAAUGCUGCUUUAUUAGCUGUUAGAAUCUUAGGUGUUGGUAAUGAAACAUGGUUGAAUAAAAUGACCCAAUACAUGAAUGAUAUGGAAAAUGAAGUUUUGGGUAAAGCCGAUAGAUUAGAAACCAUUGGUUAUGAAAAGUACUUAGAAAAGUAA